AUGGCUGUCACUAGGUUGCUUGUUCCAGUCGUGUUGAUCAUGCUUGAAAUUUUUGUUGGUGUAACUAUUGCUAGGCCAUCUUUCGGAGUGCCUCUUUCUGCCUUCCCUUCCAACUCUACUCCUUCCCCCGCCCUACCUUCUGUUUCUCCUGCUCCUUCUCCCCUAUCUGCCCUUGAUAUUAUUGUUACUCCUGGAUUCCUUCCCGAUGCACCAGAGGGAAGCCCAGUCCCCACCAGCCCAAGCCCACUAUCCACCAUCCCAACUCAAUUGAUUACCACCCCACCACCUGCUACCAGCCAACAGUCUUCUUCCUUAUCCACCUCUGAUUCUUUCCAUGAAUUAAUGUUCAUUGACGCACCAGAAGAAAGUCCGGCUCCCACUAGCCCAAGCCCGCUGUCCACCAUUCCGACUCAAUUCGUUAUCUCCUCACCACCUACUACCAGCCACCCGCUUUACCCUUCCCCAUCGGCUGCUGCUGAUAAGUUUCCUUCUUCUACCUCUUCACAUUCUUUUUUUUCCAUGCCUGCAGCCUCUGAUACUUUUCCUGAAAUAUCAAUAAUGCCCGAUGCACCAGAGGAAAGCCCCGCUUCCAGCGGCCCAAGCCCGCUAUCCAUCAGCCGACAUGCUCACAUUAUCGACUCUGAGCCAUCAGCUGCUGGUCAGCUUCCUUCAGGCCGCCUCCGGAUCGCUGCUGCUGGAUCUGCAUUGGUCGCUGUCGCUGCCAUCGUCCUCUUUUGA